CGACAAUGUUUAUUAUUAACCGAACACGAAAGGUAAUUCUAUUCCAGCUAAGCUCACUAUUGACGGGUGAUUACAGACCAUGGAUGGGUUGGAGUUAGCCAUCGUUAUUCUCAUUUCUGUUGCUUUUUUCGGCUGCGUCCUUGGAAAUGUAAUCAUUAUUUGGAAGAAACGUUAUAAACCUUGCUGUGAAGACAUACCUUGUUAUUCCGUUGAAACUGAACCAGAGAGUGAACAGACAAUGGAUUGUAGCCAGCCCCAACCGCCGGCACCAAUACCUUAUAGAUACCCAGCUGCAACUAUCUGGAAUCCAUUCGCAGGUACCACGACGGACCCCUGGGAUGAAGAACCGAUACGUCCCUCCGCGCCACCUGCUGAGAGUGAAUGGGCUCUCCUCCCCUAUUAUGACGGUCCACCCUCUGCUGCGUCAUUGUCGACAAUGCCACCACCUUCUUACUAUGAAGUAGUGGUAGGGAAAAUGUAA